AUGGGUCCCCAGCCCGCCGACGACGCGUCCCUCCGGCACCGGCGCCGACGCUCCUCCGUAUCCUCCAUCGCUUCGGUGACCGACACGCUGAUCGCAAAGGCGAAACACCUCGAGUCCGAGGUAGAAAAGGCCUUUCUCCUCCUCUGGGACGACCUCCCCGACUGGCGCCGCGAUAACUCCUUCAUCUACAGCGGGUACCGUCCCUCGACGAGCAGCUUCACCGACUGCUUCACCUCCUUAGGAUACCUCCACAACGAGUCUGUCAACAUUUAUUCCCACCUCCUCGGCGCCGUCGCCUUCCUGUCCGGGGCCGCGUUCCUCUACUCCGUCGUUGCUCCGCGCUAUGAUACCGCCUCCGCCGCCGACGUACUCGUCUUCGCUUGCUUCUUUGGUGGCGCCAUUUGCUGCCUGGGCAUGAGCGCCACGUUUCAUGCCAUCUCGAGCCAUUCCGAGGCAGUUGCGCGCGUCGGGAACAAGCUAGACUACUCGGGCAUCAUCUUCCUGAUUGUUGGGAGCUAUGUGCCAGCUUUGUACUACGGCUUUUACUGCGACCCUACGCUAAUGACGUUGUAUCUUGGGAUUAUGAUCCUGCUCGGACUAGGAUGCGGCGCCGUCUCGUGGGUCGACCGCUUCCGCACUCCGGCUUGGCGGCCGUGGCGCGCCGGCAUGUUUGUGGCCCUCGGCACCUCGGGCGUCGUCCCCGUGCUGCACGCGCUGAGCAUGUACGAGUUUCAGCAGAUGGAGGAGCGUAUGAGCCUCAGCCUCGUCAUCUUGCAUGGUCUCAUGUACAUCUUUGGCGCCGUUCUCUACGCCGCUCGGUGGCCCGAGAGAAGCUUUCCCGGCAAGUUCGACAUCUGGGGCAGCUCGCACCAGCUCUUCCACAUGUUUGUCCUUAUGGCCGCUGCCACCCACUUCUACGCCAUGGCCAAGGCGUUUGACCACCACCACACCGUUAUGGGGAAGCAGUGUUUGUGA